UGACUGAAAAUAAAUGGUGUCUUUCUGUACAGGUGAGGGAAGUGCAGGUCCUGCUGCCAGAAGUCAUGGAGACUCUGCAGUAUGACAACACGCACAUCACUGUGAAGGCCCUGACUAUCUUCAAAAAUGUGAUCAGUCAUCUGGAGAAGAGGGAGGCCAGCCCCAUCGCUCUGGCACUGGCUGAGAGACUCCUGCCUCUUUUUAACAACGUGUCCAGUGAGGUGCGAGAGCGCUCCAUGCUCCUCUUCAAAGACUUGAUGGAGUCUGUGGUGUGGUGGAGAAAAGGAGCAAUGAAGACGACCGUGCGCAGGGCCCUUAUUCCACUGUUUUUCCGGAUGAGUGACGAGACUGAGAGCGUGGCCAAGGUGUCUGCAGUAGUCCUACUUGCCUGUGCAAAGUUCCUGAAGUGGAAACAGCUUGAGCAGCUGACUCAGACUCAGCGAGCAGAAACCUGUAUUACUGGGGAGUACUUGCUCAAGCAGAAGAGCAGCAGGGUGGACGGAUACCUGCAGCAGAGCCUGCCAUACCUGGAGGAUGCUCAGGCCAACUUGCGACAGAAGGCUAUCAAAUUCAUCGGGCUUGCUGUCUACCAUGCUGGCAUCCAGAGUGAGGAGAAGCUGAAUGAGCUCAUCCAAGGUGAGUGCGGGUGGUGCUGGGGGUGCUGCGCCCAGUGGACAGGGGGCAGAGCCCACGCAGUGUGCAGCCAUGCCUUGCCCUGCUCCAGGGAAAUGCUGCAGUGGCAGAGGGACGUGGGGGGACAUGUGGGAUGCUCCUGAGCAGCAGCUUCCAGCUGAUCCCUUUAUCCCACUUGCUCCCCCUGGCCAGGGAAGGAGACAGGUGGGGCUGGCAUGGUCUGGAGGCAUGCCGGGGGGGUCUCU